AUGCCCAACAAGAAGCACCUGUUUGUUUUAGUGCACGGACUAUGGGGGACACACUCCCACAUGAACUCCAUCAAGACGGCGUUCUCGGAGGCGCUUGGAGACGAUGCGGUGUUUUACGUGCCACGGAGCAAUGGAUAUGUCAAGACGUUACACGGGAUCGAGCUCGUCGGGUAUCAGACAGUGGUAGAGCUGACAGAGUUUGUCCAGGCUCGGGACCCGCAGAAGUUCGACCGGAUCAGCUUCAUCGGGUACUCCAUGGGCGGACUUGUCUCACGAUUCGUGAUCGGGACGAUAUUCACAGAGUGCCGCGUGAUAUUCGGACACAUGAGACCUGUGUUGUUUAUGACGUUUGCUACCCCCCACCUGGGCGUGCAGUUCUACCAACCCCGUAACCCGCAAGCAAAGUCGACUGUGAUGGGGGCAGUGCUCCCGGUGGCGCGCUUUGUGGGGUCGCAUUUCCUCGGGCGCAGUGGCCGGCAACUGUUCCUGGCCUACGAGAAUGAUGACACAUUGGUGCGGAUGACAGAGGGGGUAUACCUGGAGCAGCUCGCGCGGUUCCGCCACCGCGUGUGCCUUGCGAACGUCAAGAACGACCGGACCGUCGCCUUCUACACCGCCUUCAUUACGGACUGCGAUCCGUUCCUCGAGACCAACAACCAGCUGCUAUACAAGUUCGAGACGGCACUGCCCACCCAGGACGACCUUGCUGUGUGUCCACGUGUGAUCGACCUGGCCGCCCUGGAUCCCGUGAAGAGUGCACCGACGCACGCGAGGAAAUGGCACAUGGGGGCCAUGUGGCUGCUGCUGUUGCUGCCGUUUUCGUUUACGCUGCUGCCACUGCUGGUCUUUGUCAAUGUGCUGGCGACCAUGUACAGCUACAUGGUGACGCUCACGGAACAGAGCCGGAUAUCGCGGGGCGACGGGCACAUGAUCAUCAAGCGGCGCCUGAAGGUUGCGGAAGGGCUGAACGAGACCGUGCGCGAGGCCGUGGGCGACAUUGUCAACGCAGACUUCGCUGUGGAGCCCGCGCAGCAGGCGGCGCCCCCCGCGCCCUCUGACCGCGCGAUGUCCUGGGCCAAGUUCCUCGCCAAGUACUCCGUGAACCGCCCCGCGAGCGACCGCUUCCCCCGCCUUCCGCUCGACCCCAAGCGGCAGCAAAUGCUGCGCAACCUCGACUCGCUCGCUUGGAUCCGUGUACCGGUCUACAUCCGCGCAUUAAAUGCCCACGACGGGAUCGUCGCGCGGCAGGGCCUCAAGCGCUCCUGUGAGUCCGCGGUCGCCAGCGUGCGCUUCGCGGCCCUGCUCGCCCGCCACCUGGUGUCCGAAGCUUAA